UAAGGAGGAACAACUAGAUGAUCAUUGACCACAAGAAGAAGACAACUUGUUGUUCCUACAUAUGUGUAUGUAAUUUCUUCCUACAUGUUGGAUGCAGAACAAUCCUUCUCUGCUAGCAUGGAGAGCUCUAGAGAGAUGGCUCAGGAUUUGGCAGCACCAUUGCUAACAAAGAGUGGAGACAAAGAUGAUGAAGUUGGGGUGGUAACAUCAUCAGAGAGUACAUUUUACCAGGAGCUAAAGAAGGUAAGCUUCAUGGCAGCUCCAAUGGUGGCUGUGACAGUGUCACAAUACCUUCUGCAAGUGGUGUCCCUUAUGAUGGUGGGACAUUUUAGUGAACUUGUCUCCUUCUCUGGGGUUGCCAUUGCUAUCUCCUUUGCUGAAGUCACCGGAUUCAGUGUCCUUUUAGGAAUGUCAGGUGCAUUGGAAACUUUAUGUGGCCAAACUUUUGGUGCAGAAGAGUUUGGAAAGCUGGGAAACUACACGUGCUGUGCAAUUUUCACUCUGGUUUUGACCUGUAUCCCCAUAUCUCUCCUGUGGGUAUUCACUGAUCAAGUACUCAUGCUGUUUGGUCAAGACCCUGGAAUUUCCCACGCAGCUCGCGAGUACUGUGUCUACCUCAUUCCGGGGCUAUUUGGCCAUGCUGUUCUUCAAUCUCUGAUCCGCUACUUCCAGACUCAGAGCAUGAUCAUUCCCAUGGUUUUUAGCUCAGUUACUGCUCUAUGUUUGCAUGUUCCAAUUUGUUGGUGUCUGGUGUUUAAGUUGGAACUAGGACAUGUUGGAGCAGCAUUAGCUAUUGGAAUUUCAUAUUGGUUGAAUGUGGUUUGGCUUGGGGUUUACAUGAACUACUCUCCAGCUUGUAAAAAGACCAAGAUUGUGUUUUCUUGUAAUGCUUUACUAAGCAUGCCUGAGUUUCUCCAAUAUGCUAUCCCUUCUGGACUCAUGUUUUGUUUUGAGUGGUGGUCCUUUGAGGUGCUUACAUUAGUUGCCGGGCUUUUACCUAAUCCUCAACUAGAAACCGCAGUUCUUUCAGUCUGCCUUAACACAACCACACUGCACUACUUCGUUACUUAUGCUGUUGGAGCUGCUGCAAGCACUCGGGUUUCAAAUGAACUAGGAGCAGGGAAUCCAAAGACAGCUAAAGGCGCUGUUCGCGUGGUUGUGAUUGUUGGGAUUGUAGAAGCCAUCAUUGUCAGCGCAUUCUUCAUUUGUUUCCGGAAUGUAUUAGGAUAUGCUUAUAGCAAUGACAAGGAAGUGGUGGAUUACGUUGCAGACAUGGCUCCCCUUCUUUGUGGGUCUGUUAUUGGUGAUAGUCUAAUUGGAGCACUUUCAGGGGUUGCUAGGGGUGGAGGAUUUCAGAAAAUAGGAGCUUAUGCAAACCUGGGAGCAUAUUAUGUUGUGGGAAUUCCUAUUGGUUUGUUAUUGGGUUUUCACCUGCAUCUAAAUGCCAAGGGGCUCUGGAUGGGAACACUAUCAGGGUCUGUUUCCCUAGUGAUUCUACUUGCUAUUGCAACAGCUUUAACAGAUUGGCAGAAAGAGGCAGCAAAGGCAAGGGAGAGAAUACUUGAGAACUCUAUCAAAACUAAUGAUGCAUUAGCAUGAAAGUUUAAGCAAAGUGAUCAAUAAAGGAGUGGAAGAAGAAACAUUGAAGUACUCUGUAAUCACAGAGUGCUGUCAUUUGUUUAGUGUUUGUUCUGGGUUCUACAUUGACUGUCACCUGAAGGUGAAAAACUAGGAAGAGAGUGAGUCUAGAGAGAGAUAGGAUAAUGCACUGCAUCACGUUCUUUAUGGGCGUGUUGAGAAUUGAAGUGUUUGUUUUUUGUGGUAAUUAAAGAGACAUAGUCAACUCUGUUUGUAGAUACAUGUGAUUUUUGUAAUGACAAAUCAGAUUCCCCAAACAUGCUAACUUACAUUAUCAAUACAUGUUUGUCAUGUGCAUAAAGUCUA